CAUAAGUCUGCUUUCGCUUUUGCUCCUUCUCUAGUCAAAUCCACCUUCCUCCCUCCCCAUUUUCCUCCCCCCUUCCCUUAAGUUAACCUCCAUUUUUAUAACUCCAAAUCAACACGCACUUCCGGUACGCCACAACACACAAUCAUGGGGUUUUUGAAAGACGAAAGAAGUAAGAAAGCUUUGAGAGGAUUCAAAACAGUCUUCUUUUUGGUAACCAUGAUUAUAUCGUUUCUGUUCUUCUCUGCUCCGAUACUGUUCGCCGUCGCCGAUGCUUUACUUCCAACAGCUCUGUUAUCGGCUUCUCUUUCAGCGCCGUCGGAUUCUCCGUUCCCUGAUCCCUCACCAGCCUUCUCCUUGCUCCAAACCCUAUCGUCCCAUUUGAGUAACUACGAUUUUCGAUACUCUUUGAUCGAUAUCCCUCUAAUUUCCAUAAUCAGAUCCGCAAUCAUUCUCUGUGUGUAUGGACUAUGCGAUGGUCCGGGGCUAUCAAGGGGUCCAUACUUGGGAAUCACGACUGUUUGUUCGGUGGUUUCUUUGUUGUUUGUAUCGGUAAAAGCGUCGUAUGUGUUCGGCGGCAGAAGUAGCGGUUUCUCCGCAGCGGAGGUGGCUUUAUUUAUUUGUUCGCUUUCGUUGGCCAUUGGCCACAUCGUGGUGGCUUACCGGACUAGUUGCAGAGAACGACGCAAGCUUCUUGUCUACAAAAUCGACGUCGAAGCUGUGUCGACAUUCAAGAAUGGGUUUCCAAGGUACACAAAAAAGAUUCUUCAAGAUGAAAGGGUCAAAGUGAAACUGCAAAACUAAAAGUUGACGCAUAAACUGUUCUCAUCUCAUUUCAUCUCAUCUCAACACCAAUCUUUUCAAUGGCCAGCCCAGAUUCACAUUUACAAGUUUCAGGUUUUCCGAAGGAGAACAGUGAUUUGAUGGCCAGAUAUGAAGAGAUAUAUAGAUGAUGAUCCUCUCUAUUAUUAUAUACACGAUUAAGAUUAAGUUUGGGUACAUAUAUUGUAAACUACGGGUUUUAUUGUGUUUUUUUUUUUCUUUUAUCUUAUAGAAAUGGAGGUACAAGUAUCGGGUUUGAUCUGUCUUCCAUGAAAAAAAACAUGUAUAGAUUUUUUUCGUGUUUAUUAUUAGAUGAUGAAAUAUUUACACACAAUUUUGUCAAACAAAUGCAUUUCCGUAA